AUGGGGGCUGGGCGUGGCAGGAGAGGAGGGGGCCUCUUUACCGUCGGCGAGACCACAGCCAAGAUCAUGAAGAACAACGUCGGCGUGCGCUUUGCAUACGUGGCUGGUUGCGAAGAAGCCAAGUUGGAGAUCGUGGGGUUUGUGAAUUUCCUGACGAAUCCCAAGCAGUUUCAGGACCUCGGGGCCAAAAUUCCAGAGGGAGCCAUGCUCGCUGGUCCUCCUGGUCCCGGCAAAACGCUUCUCGCCAAGGCGACUGCAGGGGAGGCCAGCGUGCCCUUCAUCACCGUGAACGGGUCCAAGUUCCUGGAAAUGUUUGUCGGCGUCGGUCCAGCUCGGGGUUCAGCUCUACCACGAGCGUCAUGGUGCUGGCGAGCACCAACCGCCCCGACAUCCUUGACCUGGGAGCUCCCUGGCCCGGGCCCCCCUGACAUCAAAGGCAGGGCGUCCAUCUUCAGGGUCCACCUGCGUCCACUCAAGUUGGACGGGAGCCUCAGCGAGGACGCCCUGGCGAGGAAGCUUGCGGCCCUCACUCCAGGCUUCACAG